AUGACCAACCCCAACAACCUACCGGGCUCAGGCAACCUUCCACCUGACGCUACCUCAUGCCCACGAGACGUCGCAGCUCUCCAGCUCCGCCUGCCCACGUUCGGGCACAAGAACCUGCAGGUUUGGUUCGCCCAGGUCGAAGCAAUCUUAGAUCCGAACCACAUCACCGCGGAGACUUCUCGGUUUCGCCACUUGCUUUGCAACCGGUCUCCUGAGGUGGCUCAAGAGGUGGCGGAUGUCAUCACUGCACCUUUGGGCAGUGCCCCGUACCAGCGACUUAAGCACUGUAUUCUCGAACGCACCACGCAAUCUGACAGCGUGCGCCUCCAGCACCUGCUUGCAGAUCGCCGCCCCUGCCAGGAAUUCAACAGCAUGCGGCAGCUCCAGCGCACAAGCAACGUCGACUCGAACGAUGCGCUGCUGAGGGAGCAGCGUUUGCCGCAUUCCACGUCUUGGCUGCUGCAGAGGACUUCACCCUCGACCGCCUCGCCCACCUCGCUAAUCGGGUCCAAGACGCGGCUUCUCCUUCGGCCGCCGCCCUCUCUUCAACACGAGAGUCCUCAGUCAUGUCCCGCUUAG